UUGACUAUUGGUGAAGCGUUUAAAGACUAGAGGAUAUCUGAAUUACUUUUUUUUUUGGUUUGUUAAGAAAAUGUUAACAAUUUAAAUCAACAUAAGGGGUAUUUUAGAAAAGCUGACUUCUUUUCUUAAAGUUUUUUUUUUUUUUAAUCAGAUACUAACUUUUUCGCAAACAUGGACCUUCUUCCGGCUCAAGAAGCCGCCAAAAUCUACCACACUAACUAUGUGAGAAACUCGCGCGCCAUUGGUGCAAUGUGGGCCGUGUUCACCAUCUGCUUCGUCAUCAUCACCGUGGUGGUCUUCAUCCAGCCCUUCUGGAUCGGGGACAGCGUCAACACCCCGCAGGCUGGCUACUUCGGCCUCUUCCACUAUUGCAUUGGUAACGCGCUCACCUCAGAGCUCAUCUGUAAGGGCAGCGUGCUGGACUUUGGCUCCAUCCCCUCCCCGGCUUUCAGGACGGCAAUGUUCUUCGUGGGGACCUCCAUGCUGCUGAUCGUGGGCACCAUGGUCUGCUUCAGCCUCUUCUUCUUCUGCAACGCCGGGAACGUGUACCGGAUCUGCGCCUGGAUGCAGCUGGCCUCCGCCGUGUUGAUGGUGAUGGGCUGCAUGAUCUACCCGGACGGUUGGGACUCUCCGGAGGUGAAGAGGAUGUGUGGUCAGAGGACAGAUAAAUACAGCCUGGGGAACUGCACAGUGCGCUGGGCCUACAUCCUGGCCAUCAUCAGCAUUCUGGAUGCCCUGCUUCUGGCCUUUCUGUCCUUCACCCUCGGCAACAGGCAGGACAAACUGCUGCCCGAUGACUUUGAGGUGGACGGAGGCGAUAACUCCUGAUGAACACGACCAAUGAAGAGCCCAGUGUGAUGCAGAUGUACUUUGAUGGCAAAAAAACAAGCAACCAGAGGAGUCUUGAUGAAGCUGAGAUCAAACUGAUCUUCUAACUUGCCUUUUUUUUAAUAUAUAUAUUCCUCUUGUUUUAUAAAGUUAAGGUGACUUUUGGUUAAUGAACUAAGUGCUUCUCAAACCUAAAAACACCUCAAAAAAUA